AUGUUGUUGUGGGUGCUGGCCCUCCUACUCCUCUGUGCUUUUCUGUGGAAGUACAAAGGGCAACUGAAGAUAGCAGACAUCACCGACAGGUACAUUUUCAUCACUGGCUGUGACACAGGCUUUGGAAACUUAGCAGCCAGAACUUUUGAUAAGAAAGGCUUCCGCGUCAUCGCUGCCUGCCUGACUGAGACAGGAGCAACUGCUCUGAAGGCGAAAACCUCGGAGAGGCUUCACACAGUGCUGCUGGAUGUCACCGACCCAGAGAAUGUCAAGAAGACUGCCCAGUGGGUGAAGAUCCAUGUGGGAGAAAAAGGUCUCUGGGGUCUGAUCAAUAAUGCUGGUGUCCUUGGGGUGCUGGCUCCCACCGACUGGCUGACUGUGGAUGACUACAGAGAACCCAUUGAAGUGAACCUGUUUGGACUCAUCAACGUGACACUGAAUAUGCUUCCACUGCUCAAAAAAGCUCGAGGGCGUGUUAUUAACGUCUCCAGUGUUGGAGGCCGGCUUGCUUUCGGUGGAGGGGGCUAUACGCCAUCCAAAUAUGCAGUGGAAGGUUUCAAUGACAGCUUAAGGAGGGACAUGAAAGCUUUUGGAGUGCACGUCUCAUGCAUUGAACCAGGGCUCUUCAAGACAGAACUGGCAGAUCCAAUAAAGACAACUGAAAAAAAGCGUGCUAUUUGGAAACAUCUGUCUCCAGACAUCAAAGAACAAUACGGAGAAGGCUACAUUGAAAAAAGUCUACAUAAACUGAAACACAGUACAUCCUUUGUGAACUUGGACCUCUCUCUGGUGGUAGAGUGCAUGGACCAUGCCCUAACAAGUGUCUUCCCCAAGACUCGAUAUACUGCUGGGAAGGAUGCCAAGACAUUUUGGAUACCUCUGUCUCACAUGCCAGCAGCUCUACAAGACUUUCUGUUGCUGAAACAGAAAGUAGAGCUGGCAAAUCCCAAAGCCGUGUGACUCAACUGACUGAAAGUCCCUGCCCCAACCUUGAGGUUGGCUGAUUUCAGAGACAUUAUCAUCUCAAUCUCAUUCUU